GAGUUUAAGGUAUACAACAUACCGAUCUUUGAUACAUUUCUAUUGCAACAUGGUUGCUACUGUAGCCUUAGCCAACAUCUCUAUGGUGUCACAUAACUAUCACUUCUUUCUAGUGUCUGCAACAAUUAACAUCUGGUCUCUUGGCGGGUUUAAUGUCUAUAAUACAGUCCUCUGGUCUGUCGUCCCUGUACUUUGAAUUUGAGCUCCAGGACUUAUGUACUCAGUGGGUUCCUUUUCACUAAAUUCAAGCAAAGUGUUGUGUUGUCCACUGGGUCGAGGUCCCAUUACCUGCUCCCUAGCCCAGGGCUCUGCUGAGGGCUUUGGCCCAGCCAGGUUGAUGCAAAUAUACAUUUUCCCUGCCUGCUGGGAAAAGGAGGACCCAGGAGUUUGUAGAUCCUGGAUGCUGUCAGGAAGCAAGGGGGAGAGGUAACACCCUUACAGAGAAACAAUAAUUUGGAUCACAAAGUCUAAGGAAUGAAGUAAGAUUAAAGCAGCGACUGGCAAAGACGCAGAAGUCAUUUAGAUUAGCCAGUAAAUGUCUGGUUGCUGUUGUGAGUUGGACAAUGUUCAUGUUUUGUCUGUGUUCAGACACCAUGAUGGAGUGGGCUUGUUUUGUCUUGUUCAACCACGGUCACAGAGUGGCCUUGUCCAAUGUGGGCGUUCUGUGAAAUGCUGUGAUCGCCAGGCCAGGCCCUAGCAACCACAAGGCCGGCUGUGAAUGCCAGGCCGGUUCCUGUCUCUUUCCCAAAGGUCAACUCAGCCCUAACCCGAUGGUGGCAGACACUGGGAGGGCGGGGCCCUGCCCACAAGACUCACCGCUGUCUCCUUGGUGCCUAGAACGGAGCCUGGUGCACAGCAGGCAUCAGAGAAAUGCCUUGUGUUUUUACAAGGUCCAUGGGGACAGUACAGGCUCAAGAGAAGGGAUCCAGUCACUCACGGAGCCGCUCCACAGCCCAAGGGGCCCCCUUCCCUCUGUGGGCCUUGGGCUUGGCUUGGACGUUUUCUGCUUUUUGUAUGUGUGUGUAUAUAGUUUUUGUUUUAAUUUUUUUGGCUGUACCGUGAGACUUGCGGGAUCUUAGUUCCUCGACCAGCGAUUGAACCCGGGCCCCCUGCAGUGGUAAGCGUGGAGUCCUAACCACUGGACCGCCAGGGAAGUCCCUGGAUUUUUUCUGCUGAUGGAGCAGUGUCCCCAGUUAGGGGGUUGGGGAGCACACAGACACCCGCACCCAAGUCUUAAGCAAGGAGGGCUGUGCUCGAAUGUGAGGCUUAAAGAGUCUCUUGGAUGUCUUGGGGAAGUCAGGCCCUUGGAAGGAGGCUGGGGCUCGGGGUCCAGGUAAGAGAGAAUGGGGGCUGCCUAUGGAGGAGGAUGUGGGCUGGGAAAAAGUAGAUGGAUUCCGGGGAUAUUUUGGUGGCUGUUGGGACAUGGGAGGGGCAUACUGAGGUAAAGAGGUGAGAGUGAUAUCCAGGGCUGUGCCUGGGUGAUGGGCAGGGGAGCCUCGAGAUGGGAGUACAGAAGAGCAAGAUGCCGCUGCUGUCAGUCUGAUGUCAGUCUGGGAGUAGCUGAGUGUGAGGGGGCUUGUAGGAUUUGCAGGGGAACUGUCCAGGGGGCAGGUGGGAGCAGUAGACAGGGCAGGAUUGGAGAGAGAUGGGGGGAGAGACCAGCAAAGAGGCGGCUAGGGAAAUCGUGGGAGUGGAUAGGAUCUCCCAGGACAGUGCGGAUGGAGCAGAAACAGUGAGCUUUUGACAGGGCGCUGAGCCCCACAGGCAACACUGCUUAUUGAGAAGCUAUUUUGUGCCACGCUGUGGGGAUCUAGCUGUGACCAAGACAGAUCCAAAGCCCUGCCCUGGUGGAGUUCACAUUCUGUUGAGGAGAGACAAAUAACUAGACAACCAGGCAAAUAACUAGAGGACUAGGUUAAGCAGCAACAUAGACAGUUAUGUUAGGUAGUGUUACCAACUAAGAAGAAAAAUAAGCCAGCAAGAAAUGUGGGCAGGAAGUGCCCAGGAGGGUGUGCAGGGGAGGUCCCGUGAGAGGAUGGCAUUUGAAUAAACAUGAGGAGGAGGUGAGGGAAGGAGCCAUGUGGGUAUCUGGAGGGAGAGCUUUCCAGGCAGAGCGAACAGCACAUGCAGAGGUCCCGAGUCAGGUAUGGGCCGCAACUUCAGGGAACAGGAGGAGGGCAAUGUGGUUGGAUAGGAGUGAAUGAGGCUGGGAGAGUGAUAGGAGUCGAAAUCAAGAGGAAAUUUUUGUUUUUUUAAAGGAGAUCAGUCAAGAUCGUUAGUGAUUAGGGACAUGCAAAACAAAACCACGGUGAGAUACCACUUCCCAGCUAGUAGGAGACGUGCCAUGUGUGUCUCCUUACUGGUAAGCCAGCUUAUCUUUCCCUGACCUCUAUUGAUUAUUUUAGGCUCAGGAAAAAUAGGAGAGCAGACGCAAUCUUUCAAAGGAGGAAAGUACGCAGAGGCAUUUCCUCAGCUGACUGGGAAGAGGAAGAAGAAAGCUGAUGUACUAUGAGAAGAGGAUGGAGGUGGGGGGAGUAGGUGGUAAAGCGUACGUACGUUAGUCCGGACUGAGCCCAUGCUGGCAUGGCAAUAUUUUUGGAUAUGCUGGGUUAAAAUGUAUUAUUAAAAUUAAUAGUCCAAGUGUUGGCAUGAAUGUGGAGAAACUGGAACCCUUCUGCAUUGCUGGUGGGAAUGUAAAAUGGUGCAGCCACUGUGGAAAACAGUCUGGUGGCUUCUCAAAAAGUCAGACAUUGUUACCGUAUAAUCCGGCAAUUCUGCUCCUAGGUAUAUGCCCAAAGGAGUUGAAAGCAGGGACUAAAAUGAGUACACGUACACCACGUUCAUAGCAGCACUAUUCACAAGAGUCAAAAGGUAGAGACAACCCAAGUGUCCAUCAACCGAUGAGCAGAUAAACAAAAUGUGACGGAGCCAGAGCAUGGAAUAUUAUUCAGCCACAAAAGGAAUGAAGUACUGAGACAUGCACAACGUGGAUGAACCUCGAAAACAGGUCCCAGGGACUGAACCUGCGCCCCCUGCAGUGGAAGCACAGCGUCCUAACCACUGGACCGCCAGGGAAUUCCCCCAAGUUUCCUUGACUUUCUAAAAAUGCCUUACAUGAUAUGACAACAGCCAUCCAUGCUCCCUACAGACAAGAAGACAAUACAGAAAGGGUGACGCAGAAAAAUUAGAGAACUCCCUUCUUGGACCACGGCAAACAGAUGCGAACGCUGGGGUACUGCUGCCAGCUGGUGGGCGGGGUCCUGGUGGAACAAUGUCCUGCCAGGUCAGAAGUGGGGACACGCCUGCUGGCACUGUCCUCCCAACUCAGCCACUGCAGGACCGUCCUGCGACUCUUUGAUGACGUGGCCAUGUUCGUCUACACCAAGCAGUACGGCCUGGGGGCAGAGGAGGAGGCCAUCUUUGUCCGCUGCGUGUCUGUCCUGGGCAACCUGGCUGACCAGCUCUACUACCCCUGUGAGCACAUCGCCUGGGCUGCCGACGCCAAAAUCCUCCACGUGGAGUCUGCGCCGUGGUUAACACUGAGCACAGCCCUCUGGGGCCUCUCCCUGCUCCUGGGGAUUGCUAGGUCCCUGUGGAUGGUCCUGAAGCUGAGACAGAGGCUGAGGAGCCCCCUGGCAGCCCUCACCAGCCGGCUGCCCCAGGGCAAGCGGAGCGACAUGGAGGCCCAGAUCCGGUCGGAGGCGCUGACCCUGCUGAGCAACCUGGCUGACCUGGCCAACGCGGUGCACUGGCUGCCCCCGGGCAUCCUGUGGGCCGGCCGCUUCCCCCCGUGGCUGGUGGGCCUCCUGGGCACCAUCUCCUCGCUCCUCAGCAUGUACCAGGCAGUCGGGGCCGGCGGCCAGGCCUACGCCGCCCCUGACGGACCGGGGAGCCGGAACCCUGACGGCGGCCCUUCCCACGGAGCAGCGAUCGCCGGGGAGGGGCCAGGUCUUUAAUUGAGCAGAUCAAGGCCAGGUGUGGGGAGGCGCGGCCAGAGGAUGCGCAGAGCAGCCUGGGGCACGAGCCCCCAGAGGGGCGGGUGUGUGUGGGCGGAGUGGGUAGACCCCGAGACUCGGUGCAGUGGAACAGGCACCCGCAGGCCGGAGUCCUGUACCCAAAAGGCGAGCAGGGGAGCCGGGUUGGGAUGGCGAGCGCCAGGUGGGCCUGAAGAAAGUGAAAUGAGAAUCAAUUAAAGGCGGUGGUGCUGCU